AGGCAUGAUGCUCAAAUUCGCCCCAUAGUGGAAACCACAUGCAGCAACUGCACAAAAACACCAAAUGCUGAAGGUGCAGGGUCACGUUUUUCAGUCAGAGUAGUUCUCCGUCAGGGAUGAACAGAAAGCUUUGGCUGUUAGGCUGACUGACUGAGAGAUGCCUCUUCUGCUGCUGUGUGUUGCUCUCCAGGCUUUGUCCUUGUCUCAAGGGUUCAAUGAAACAGAUGACCGAACGUCCAAGAGUGUGAAAAAGCAUGCUGAAUCAGACAAACAGAUUGAGCUCUCCACACUAAGCCUGUCCGAGGGCUGUUUUGGUGUGCCUAGGGCUCUUUACAAGAACACUACGGUCGAUGUGACCCUCAACCUUUUGGAUGAUCAGGAAAAGAAAGACCUUGCUCUCCAAAUCUGUGAACGUUUAAGUUGUGGUGGUGUUUAUAAGCACGGCAUGUCUGCAACAGUGCACAAUGGCACUUGUCUUGCAGACUGCAUCCUGAGAGACUCAAAACUGCACAACUGCACUACAGCCGCAAAAGGCGACUGCAGGAAUGCAACUCAAGUUAUCUGCGAGCACCAAGCUGUCCAAUUGGUUGGAGGAAGUGAUCGCUGUGCUGGUCGGGUGGAGCUGCUGCAUUCUGGGAAGUGGGGAACAGUGUGUGAUGAUGAUUUUGACAAUUGUAGUCAACGUUUAGUAUGUGCCCAGCUGAGAUGUGGAAGCCCAAUACGAGAGGGCUUUUUUGGACCUGGAACAGGUCCCAUCUACAUCAGCCAAAUGAAAUGCAAUGGCUCCGAGAGCAGCUUAUGGGAGUGCGACUCUAUCAAAACCACUGCCAGCAACUAUUGUGGACAUAAGGAAGAUGCUGGCGUUGUGUGUUCAGAAAGUAUGGAGAAACCAGUCACACACACAACCGGGCUGAACUUGACAGCACUGGUGCCAGUGUCAACUGCAGUGGCAGCUACAGAAAGCAACAGUGGCAUUUCAGCAGCAGCGAUUGGCUGCAUCAUCUUAUCUAUUGCUCUGCUUAUGGUUAUUAUUUUAAAUGCUGCAGCCUUUGUGCAUUUCAAAAGAGCAAAGGAAUGUGUGAUUUACCAACAUCACACUAACUCUCACUCAAGCCUGGAGUCCCAGUCCAAUGUACAGAUGGAAUACUACAACACACAAACCAGGGGGCAGCAGUACGAAAGUCUUGGCCCGAGGAUGAGCUCAAAAUAUGGCAGCAAAAUCAGCAUGAGAACAAAUCCACCCACACAUGACUCCGGCAGUUCCACUGAUUCAGACUAUGAAUAUCACGACACCAAUCGACCGCAAAGACUGCAUCUAAACAACUCAAGAGAUGUGAAAGACAUGGUCAGUACAUCCUCUGGAGAAAAAUGUGUGCACAACGUGGAAAUUAACAUGGAUACCAUCCAAAACUCAGUAGAUAUGAAUGAUACAAGCAGUACUACUUCUGGAGAGUUCUAUCAAAACACAAAGACCGACAUGAGCGACACUCUUCAGUCACCUGAGGAAACACCAGCACUUCAAGAAACGUUACCAUUGACACUCUUGUCUUAUGGUGACCAUCACUUACCUGGAACUGACAAUAAAGGAAUAGAUAUGAAUGAUUCAAGCAGUACAUCUUCUGGCGAGUUCUAUCAAAACACAGAGACCAACACAGACAACAAUUUCAUAUCACAUGAGGAAAGACCAUCAUUGCAUGAAAAGUCACCAUUUGCGCCCUUGUCUUAUGGUGACCAUCACUUUCCAAACACUGACAGUCAAGAUGUGAAUGAUUCAGACAGUACAUCUUCUGGUGAGUGCUAUCAAAACACAGAGAUCAACAUGGACAAGGAUCUCCAGUGUGAAGACGAGGAAAGUCCAUCACCUCCUCAAAAGUCACUAAAGACACCCCACAGUGCUCAGAUGUCAGGAAACGCUGCUGGUUACAGCGGCACUCGUGUACCUGUCACCCACAGUCAAGAUGGGAAUGAUUCAGACAGUACUUCAUCAGAAGAGUGUUAUCAGAACACAGAGAUGGAUGAAAACGCCUAUCAUCAUUAUGGUGAGGAAAGCCCAUCACUUCCUGAGAUGUCUUUUCAGAAUCCCCACAUUGCACAGAUGACAGAAGGUACUGACGGUUACGGAGACCAUCAUGAACCUAGAAACCUCAGUCAAGAAACAGAUAACAGUAGCACAGUAUCAGAGGUAUCUUACGUUAAUGUACCACCUAAAAAAGAGAGUGAGGACAAUUAUGCUGCAUCUUCAGAGAGCGACUAUGAUGAACCUGAAGCCUGAUGAAAUCAACAUGAUGACUGCAAGAGAUUUUUCUCAGCAGGACAGAUGAUUCACAACAACACUUCCCUGAAAACCAUGGAAUGUAACAGACGGGCCCUUGCAAUACCGAGUGUUUGUUAAGAAUAUUCUGGAAGAACAACAACAACAAAAUUGACAUUGUUCAUCUAUUUUAUAAUAAACAUUCUAAACAAUUAA